AUGGUUGACCCGGAGCGCCUGUUCCGGUACUUCGCAACCCAAGCCGGGCCCGGCGUCAUGGGAGAUCGCGUGUCCUUUCAAGACCACUUUCGGGCGUACUGUGACUCGGAGCACCUGCCUACCGGGGGUGCCCAGGGCGGGCGCGGUUCCCCUGGGGGGUCGACCGCAGCCACUUCGCACUCAAACACUCCGGCGCCUCCCCGAGUCCCAUCGUCCACAAGCGCCUCAGGUUCCGGCGCGCCUGCGCAGGCUCAGGCUCCGUCUGGUGCUAAGCGCAUCCUUUGUCUUGAUCUUUCGGGGUCAUAUACUGGUUCAAGUAGAGUCGUCCCGGUGCCGUCGAUCUCGGAGUCCUCCGCUGUGCCGCAGGUCCCUUCCUCGGUCCAGGGGAAGGAUCGCCCCUUGUCCCGGGCCCAGGGGCCCGACCAGCCCCCCGAGGGCUCUUCGCUCGUCUUUGACAUGGAGGGCAAUUCCGGGGGUUCCGGGGACAAAGAUGACGGUGGUGAUGGCAGCGACGACCUCCACCCCCAAGAAGCCGAAGAGGAGGAAGAAGAAGAAGUCGAGGAAGUCGAGCAAAGUCCCCUCCUCCCCGGACAACUCCGGAUGGAUUGCGCCUGCUCCGGCCCCGGUAUUACGAGCCCCAGACCUAUCCCCACAGUUCCUGGUACUACCCGAUUGAUGCCGACGCUCGGCCUCCUCGCUCCGAUGAGGCACUGCUCAAGCUACUGCCCGUAA